AUUAAUGGGCCGAAGUAGAAAAAAUAAUCAGGGCAGUCUUUAAAGGACCAGACGUUCCCAAAUUCUUCCAUACAAUCGCAUCGGGUCAUUUCUUCGGUUUAGGGUUUGCGCCGUGGACUUGGAGGACAGAGAGUUGGGAGGAUUCCGCGAAGAUGCCGUCACAUAAGACGUUCAAGAUUAAGCAGAAGCUAGCAAAGAAGAUGCGCCAGAACCGCCCCAUCCCCCACUGGAUCCGCUUGAGGACUGACAACACCAUCAGGUAUAACGCCAAGCGCAGGCACUGGCGUCGCACAAAGCUAGGGUUUUAGACGAUGGUUGACUUUCUUCGAUGCCGUAAUUAUUGAUCUAGACUAUAUUUCCGUUAUGGUUGAUGGGCUGUUGUUGUUCGGCAUUGAUCAAUAUGGACAAUUUGUGGAGGACUUCAUCUAUUGGAAUGAUCUUUAGAGCUUCUUUGGUGAAUGUUUCGAUAGUUACGAUCUCUAUUUGUCAUGUUAUUAAUUUGAAAUUGCAACGGGCGGUCUAGUGGUUCAACAUCUCAA